GCAUCUCUCUAGUCUGCAGCAGACCGUCGGGUGUCCCACUAACAUGAAUCGAGCGCACUGACCGGGCAACGCCCACCGCAGACAUCGGUUAGCUUGCUGAGCUCUGCUGUCAUUCAUCUCCUACUGUCAUAGCUACCAACAUCAAACCUCAGCUCACAGCCAGCUAACAAGGGAAACAGCGUGGCCCUCGCCCAGAGCGUCCUGGCAGAGCUGCCUGAUCAAGUGUCCUCCUUCUUCAAUUCUUUCAAGCGGAAACCCCCUAAUCUAUUCGGUGUUCCUGACCCAUCCUAGAAAGGCAGUGAGCUGGGAAAGGCUGGACAGGUUGUUUCAUCACCACCACCAUCACACUGAUGAGACACUGUUCCUCCUAGUUGCCUCUGUACAUGCAAGCAGAGUUUAACUAAUGUAUAAGAUGGUGUAAUUUUGAGCGUGAUGUUAAAUUAAGUACUAGGUUUGAGCCUGAUACUGAGUGUUUAAUGGAGCAUGGUGACUGAAUUUGAGGGAACGUGUGUACCCAUAAAAAGUGUAAUCAAUGUUACAGCUAUUGUAACACAUGAUUAAAUAGAUAUACAAGCAUCUAAUGCAUCCGACUGUGAAAGGAAUCAGUCAGUUCGUGUGAGUGAGUGAGUGUGUGUGUGUGUCUGUCCUCCAGGCUGAGAUGGCAGAAGUUGGAGCCCCGGAGCCAAAGGUCACCGACUGUGUGACCAAGGUGGCACUGAGCAUCUCCUGUGAGAACCUGCUGGACAUGGAUGCCUUCUCCAAGUCUGAUCCUCAGUGUGUGCUUCUCAUGAACAGCUCAGGGCCUCACUGGUCUGAGAUUGGGCGGACAGAGAAAAUCAUGAACUGCCUCAAUCCCAAGUUUUCCAAGACGUUUGUCAUCGACUACUACUUUGAGAUGGUGCAGAAGCUGAGGUUUGAAUUGUACGACAUUGACAGCGACAACUACAGUCUGCAAGAUGCUGACUUCCUGGGAGAACUGGAGUGUACCUUGGGACAGGUUGUGUCCUCAAGGAAACUAACAAGACCACUUGUCAUGAAGGACAAGUCGCCUGCAGGGAAAGGAACCAUCACUAUUUGUGCUGAAGAAAGAACAGACAACAGGGUGGUGGAAUUUGAAGUUGCAGGUAGAAAACUGGAUAAAAAGGAUUUCUUUGGCAAGUCCGACCCUUUCCUGGAAUUCUACAAGCAGACAGAAACUGGAUGGCAGCUCUCUCACAGGACAGAGGUGGUGAAAAACACCUUAAACCCAGUAUGGAGACCAUUCCGAAUCCCGCUGCAGUCACUCUGUGGAGGUGACGUGGAGAAAUCUAUAAAGGUAGAUUGUUAUGACUACAACAACAGCGGAUCUCACGACUUUAUUGGAUCCUUUGAGACCACGCUCUCCCAAAUACAGCAGGCAUCACAAACCUAUGCGGCCGAGUUUGAAUGCAUCAAUAGUAAGAAGAAACAGAAGAAGAAAGGAUACAAAAACUCUGGUGUUAUCAUCGUAAAACAAUGCAAGAUAGUGAAGGAGUACACUUUUCUGGAUUACAUAAUGGGCGGCUGUCAGAUUAACUUCACCAUUGCCAUCGACUUCACAGGCUCUAACGGGAAUCCCAGCACUCCCCAGUCCCUCCACUAUAUCAACCCUCAGGGCUAUAAUGAAUACCUGGCAGCUAUCUGGGCCGUGGGUAAUGUCAUCCAGGACUAUGACAGUGACAAGAUGUUCCCUGCUUUUGGAUUUGGAGCCCUGAUCCCUCCAUCAUGGCAGGUCUCCCACGAGUUUCCCAUCAACUUCAACCCGUCAAAUCCGUUUUGUGCAGGUAUAGAGGGUGUGGUCCAAGCCUACCAGCAGUGUCUGCCCCAGGUGAAGCUUUACGGUCCCACAAACUUUUCCCCAAUCAUCAACCACGUAGCCCAAUUUGGUUUGCAAGCCAUGCAGCAGAAGAAUGCCUCUCAAUACUUUGUUCUGCUGAUCAUCACCGACGGAGUGAUCACAGACAUGGAUCAGACACGCAGUGCCAUCGUCAACGCCUCUCGUCUGCCCAUGUCGAUCAUCAUUGUCGGAGUAGGGGGGGCAGACUUCGAAGCGAUGGAGUUCCUGGAUGGAGACGAUGGAACUUUACGCUCUGCUACAGGCGAGGCUGCCAUGCGGGACAUUGUGCAGUUUGUGCCAUUCAGGCAGUUCCAAAAUGGUCCUCAAGAAAUGCUUGCUCAGAGCGUCUUGGCAGAAGUCCCAGGUCAGGUAACGGGCUUCUUCAAUACCAUGAAGUUGAAGCCACCCCACAGCGACGCACCUCUACCUGACCCCUCAGCAUCAGCACCUCCCAGUGAUGUAUCCUGAGGACCAACUUUUCUACUUAGUAUACCACAUGAGCAUGCAACCUCCAGUCUGGUAAUGAUGGUAUGAUUUGUAAAUACUAUGUACCAAUAGUAUAAAGCCAUAGUACACUGAUAUUCAUAUAUAUCAAACAUUUGUCAACCUGAACUUAACAUAGAUAUUUAAAGUGACACUUACAUAUGACUUUAUGUGACUCAAGUGCCAGGAUUGUUAAUAUUUCUUAUUUGAUUGAUCUGUACAAUUUUUGUGGUAAAAAUGUAGGCAGCUAAUCAUCUCAUUAGUCUGUCAGAAUGUCUACAUGAAAGGGCUAGACUACUUAAUAUGUUCUUCAUGUAUCUGCUAAUAUUUCCUCCAGCAUCUCCAUAUCACAAUGACUUGUUUGUUGGUUUUCCCCCUUUCAUGUUUCCCUGGGGAAAUUAAGCAUACAUUUCCAUUGAAAUCAUGGACCUCGGACAAAGCUAUGCUAUAUCAAAUACAAUUCAGUAAUGUUUACACAAUGGAUCCAUACAUGAUGGAUUAAUAUGUUUGCCUAAAUGAAUACCUUUUGUAGAUUUUACACUACAAAAACAAUUACAUUGUGCCCUUGCUGCUGUUUUGUACUUCAGUCAGUUUCUUUUUAGAAAAAAAAAAAUUCAGUUCCAUAUUUGAUUUGACAUACUAUUUAGUGCUAUGAGUGUUAAACGAGAAGAAUCUCUAGAAGCUAUUAAUUAUCAGUAAGCUUCAUUUGUUAAAAUGCAUGUUUACACUAACGUACUCUAGAAGUUCACUCUGUCUUAAGAGGAGGUCGCAAAACUUCUCACUUUACUGACUGUUAUGAAAAAGGUCUAAUACAUUUCACUUAGUGUAUAUGUAAAUUUGAUAUACACCGAUCACUGUGGCAUUGCCUUAUUAUACUUGUCUUUGUCAUGGACUUUGAUUUUUAUCAAUAUUUUAUGUAGAUAGGAUAUGCAAUGCAAGGAAGAAAAUCUAAUUCAACCUACAUAAUAGCUAGCUUCUACUUCAAUAUUUUUUAUCUCAAAUUAUUAUAUCAUUUGAAAGAUUUUUUAAAUGUUUGCUACUGCCUUCAUGUCAUGACAUUAAAGGAAUUCUGUAUGCAUUUUCA